UUUGAUCUUCUCACUUAAAUACAGAUUAAUUUGAGUCAGUGUCCAAACAAUACAAGGGUCAUAUUUACUUUACAGCAUCAUGUGGUUCAGUAUUGCCCCAAACGGUGCAAAAUUCAACAUGCACUAUGAAAAUCAUAGCUAUGAAGAUGUUGGCAGCUCAAAAGAUGCUUUUAUUGCUCUGUGUUUGGGUCUCACUGGCACAUGAUUCAAUCACAUCGGCACAGCUGAAGAGCAUUGAGGAAAGGCUGACAGCCACAGAGGAAACUCUGAAAGAGCUGAAGAGAGAGAAUGAAGCUUUAAGGAUUUUGACACGAGCCGCAAGUAAUAAACUUGAAUCUCUCCAGGCAGAGAAUAGAGCCAAAGAGGUUGCCUUUUCAGUUGGACUUGUGGCAUCUGGAUCACAACAAUUUGGGCCCUUUGAAGCUCGGACACCCCUGAUCUACAAAAAAAUUUUCACUAACACGGGAAAUGCGUAUGACUCCAACACAGGUAUUUUCACAGCACCAGUGAAUGGAGUCUACUUCUUCAGAUUUUAUGCUCACGCUCACUCUUCUAAACAAAUGGCAGUCAGUCUCCUUAAAAAUAAUCAAACCCAGUGCUCUGUGUUUACUGAGAAGCCCGUGACCAAUGCUAACGCCAGCAAUGGUGUCGUUCUCUCGCUGGAGAAGGGUGAUCAAGUGAGCACACAGCUGUGGGACAACAGCUGGGUUUAUGAUUAUGAAAGCAGCUUCACCAGUUUCAGCGGUUUUCUGCUUUUUCCUCUGUGAGCGUCAACUGAAUUCAGAAUUGUGACAAAAAAUGUUACUAUUGUCAUAAUAAUAAUAAUAAUAAUAAUAUAUGUGUGAUAUUUACAUCAAAGGAAGAGAACAUUGUAUGAUACUAAACUCCUCCUUUACAUGAUAGGUAAAUAAGAAAUAAUAAUAAUAAAGAAGUCUUUAUUCUU